AUGAACAACCUCAUGGAGGAGGCUAAAAACUCAGAGCUUGUGGGGAUGGGACUUCGUGUCUCUGUGUCCCCCACACAAACUGCCUUUUACAUCAUCCUGGUGUUUCUCGGCAUCCUGGGUAAUGCCACUGUGGUCGGAGUGAUUGGAAGGAGUGUGUUAACGGACCGUGGUGGAGGUCGUAACUCGGACAUUAUUAUCAUUAACAUGGCACUGUCUAAUCUGCUGGUGUCUUUGGUGAGGAACACCCUGCUUGUCAUCUCAGACAUGGGACUUGAGCUGUACUCAUCCAAAGAGUGGUGUCAGUUCUUCAUGGGCAUCUGGGUGUGGCUACGAUCUGUCAACGUGUGGUCGACACUCUUCCUCAGUGCGUUCCACCUCCAGACGUUGAGACGUGUAACUCCCAUUGUUGGGAACCUGCACGGGCCCCGGAGCGCACCUAAGACCCUUCUGCUGAGUCUCGGCCUCAUCUGGCUUCUCAACUUUAUUUACUCCAUUCCUGCUCAUAUCUUUUCCACUAGUGGAAAUGAGAACAGCACAGAAACCCUGAUGCUGGUGAGUAGCACAACACGCCCCCUGCUGGGCUGUGUGUGGAAUUUUCCCACCAGUUACAGUGGCCUGGCCUAUGCCACCACAUCUAUGGUGAUCCAUGAAUCAAUUCCCAUAAUCCUCAUGGCUUUUACCAACCUGGGCUCACUUUACACACUCUACACCCACGGCAGGGUGCGCAGUUCUGUGCAAGAUGCGCCUGUCAUCAAACGGGUACCUGCUGAGAGACGAGCAGCCAAGGUAAUCCUCGCUCUCAUAAUGCUCUUCAUCGCAUCCUGGGGAACCAGCGUUAUCUCUGUCAACUAUUUCAACUACAACCGCGGCUCCUCGGCUGACUUUCUCCUGGUCGUUGCUCGUUUUGCCAACAUUAUCUUCAUUGCCAUGUCACCUGCUGUUCUGGCGGUUGGCCACCGGCGACUGCGUUCUUUCAUCAAGUCUAUGCUCGCUCACUGACAAGUUGUCUGGCUGACAGUCG